UUGGCCCGCCCCCAGGGCCCGCUUUGCCAUUCCUGAGCUGGUCCCGGUGGCUGUGGCUUCAGAGAAGCGGUUGUUAGGCGAGAGGCGGAGGCGAGCAGAACCAUAUCCCCUUCUUCCCCGGGGCGGGGGCCGGGCCCGGGAGGGCGCGCCUGGCCAGGCCGGCCCGUCUGCAGAGAUGGAUGACAGUAAGGUGGUCGGAGGGAAGGUAAAGAAGCCAGGUAAACGUGGGCGGAAGCCGGCCAAAAUUGACUUGAAAGCUAAACUCGAGAGGAGCCGGCAGAGUGCAAGAGAGUGCCGGGCCAGAAAGAAGCUGAGGUACCAGUACUUGGAGGAGCUGGUGUCCAGCCGGGAAAGAGCCAUCUGCGCCCUCCGAGAGGAACUGGAAAUGUACAAGCAGUGGUGCAUGGCAAUGGACCAAGGGAAAAUCCCUUCCGAAAUAAAGGCCCUCCUGACGGGAGAGGAGCAGAGCAAGUCUCAGCAGAAUUCCAGCCGGCACCUGAAAACAGGGAAGACAGAUGCUAGCAGCAAUUCCUGGUGAAGGUCACAUAAGUGCAGGGUCAGCGGCUGAAGCCAGCUGUUGCUGCUGAAUGUAGCGGGCCAGCUGUGGUUCUUGGUGCCAUUUACCUGAGGCUCAGUGGUCAUCUCUAAGUCUGCAGUUCCCACCAGCGUGUGAUGGCAGAUCACAGGGUCGUGCACUCCUUCAGCACAUUCAGAGCUGCUCUGUGCUGCCAUGACGGUUAGCGUGCCGUGAUGCUUGAAGACACGAGACAGAGAGACAUGGGUGAAGACUGCAUUUUUGCACCUUAACUCACAUUGCUUCUUGGUUAAUUUAUGUUCUUUGUGUGAUUGUACACGUAUGUGUGUUCAGCUGUCACUUCCUGUCAUGUUUUUGACUGACCUACAAAGAGAAACCAAAUGGGCUGAUUUACCAAGUUCUCAGCCUCACGGACCUAAUAUUCUUUCCUUAUAUUUACUUGAGCAAUGUUUAUUUUCUGCACAAACCAUGAUUUCUCCUGUGAGCCAUUCCAGCAGAAGCUGUGAAUCUGUAUUAACAAAAAUAUACAUUUCUAUUUUUAUAAUCCAUAGUGAUAUGCCUGUCUGAAAUGUACAUGUUAACAAAAUCUAUCCAGAGAAUCCUCAAGACAGCCUCUAUUUUAAACUGUUGCUGCUGUCUCACACACUGUAUUUGUAAGUGCUUAGGGCCAAAUCCACAUGUGGAGAAUAAUUAGUCAAAUUUUAUUUUGAAGCAAGAAAUAACCUUUCAGGCAUUUCAGUAGCAUAUGUCAUCUUAACCUGUAGCACGCAUGGAUGCAUACGUGUUCCUGUUGUCUGUCUGUCUGUGUACGUGGAGAGGACAGGAGUCAGUGCUCACACACAUUUUCUUGUGUACUCAAUGAAAUCAGAGAAUUUUUCAGAAUAAAACUAGCUGAUGAGACUGAGUUUCUGCCUUGGUAUCUGGAACAACAUCUAGUGGCUGUCCCUGUAGUGACUGAGUUUCUCCCGACAGUAGUGCGUUGUGCCCUGCAGUAGCAGGCUGGCAGCCGGGACAGUUCUUUGAGUUCCUAUCACAGCUGCACUUUCUUCCUGACCACCAACCAUCAGGCGUAUAGUGACAGACUAACAGUCUGUGGAAUUCCCCUGGAAACCUUUAUCAUGCCUUCUCUUUUUAGUCUCUUUGCUGUGAAAUUAUAACUGCUCUUCACUCAAAUGAAGCAAGUGUUGGCUUCCAAACAAGACAUGCUUCCUUAUAGACUGGCCAUUUGCAAGGUGGCAGCAUAGUCUAGGUUGUCUCUGAGGUGGAACAUGAGGUGGACCACAUAGUUUAUUCUAGAAGUACUUCUGCUCCCUGGCCAUGCAUUUGAAUAAGGCACCUUCCCAUAGCCUGGGCUCCUGAAUCCCUCUGUGCUUAGGUUGCAAUUGCAGAUCUGAGGCUGGUCCUGGUGACUACUGAUGGACCACUAGCCCAGCUCGUUGGGAUCUGUGUUUAGGCAGUUGGGAGUUUUAGGUAUUUAUGUCUUCUAGGACCAUAAAUGUAAACAGAUUAAUGACUGCUGAUGUUCAGGCUUUAAGAAUUGAGGCACUUUAAAUACAGUACUCAGAUUGGCUUGGGUAUAUUUUUGUAGCCUGUCUACUCAAUUGUGUAUUUUUAUUUUGCAAAACUACCCAAGACUUCCUUUAUGUUGCUAGUUGAGCACCUUUUGAAUUGAGUUGUUUUCAAAGCAAACAUUCCAGAACAAAUGUGGCUCUUCACUGGAAUGUCUCCAUUGUGCUCCAAGGGUUUCUUCUCGGGUUGUAAUUCUCAGCGACAGGUUGUUCGAGUUUCCUCCCCUUGCCCUGGUAUCUUCACAAGAGCAGAGACCUGUCCUUAGAUGCAGGGCAUGUCAUUUGGGGUGAAAGUAAGUUACAGUUUAUCUGAGUUUCUUCUUCAAGCUGUCUGUCUGGUAUUUUGGAGUAGAUCAAGCCACAAGCACGUUUCUUGUGUGAAUGAGGGCCGUUUGGGCUGCUCUGAUGUCGUGUUGGCCACAUGCUUUGGCCACUUGGAAACAUGCAGUAAAUGUUGCUGGAGCACUUCCUUCCUCAGUGGCCACACAGCAUGGUGACAGUGACAGCAGGCUGAGAGGACAGGGAUGGGUGGUGGGGGAAGGGGGAGGAGUCAACACAGCUGUGUUUUCCUUUUCUUUUCCCCCCAAAGAAAGAAAAGUAAGCGGGAACAGAUCAAUGUAUCCCCACAGGCAGUCUGUCGGUAUUCCAACAUCAGCUUCCACCUGUCAGAGCAGCUGAGUGUGACCUGGAACGAGUCCCAUCAGGUCAGGUUUUAGGGCCAGUCAGAAUUAUUCAAGCUUUUUUCUAUUCUAUGUAAGUCAGAGCUGUCUUACUUCAGCAAACUCCCAUCUGUGUUGGCCAGCUGGUGACAGUACUUAGCAUCACCACUUAGCGUUUUAUUUGAUCAUCUUGGAAUUAUGAUAGAUUUCACUUGACUAAUUACAGAAAGUACAGGUUUAAACUAAACUGACCUUUAGUUAAAGGGAACUAGAAUUUAAAAACAUAAAUGCUUUGUUUCCCAAGAAAUUGGUUGCAUGUUAUCAGUUACAUGUUUUGUUUUAAAAGGAGGGAGAUCGUUAAACCACAUGGUGUUGGGGGACACUGAAAGAAUUUUCUUUCUCUGAAGAGCGUUGUAUAAUUCUAUUUUCAUGAAAAACAAACUAUCUUCACCAGAGCCAUGUCAGGUUGUGUGUUUCAAGUACUGCAGUGUGUCUGUCUGCCUGGAGCAAUAAAAACGUGGCAUUUAUA